ACCGCUGCACGCCAUUGUAUUCCGCCCCUCUAAUGGAUUCCGAACUCAUUGGACUUGUGAACAAGUUGCAAGACAUGUUUUCAAAUUUGGGCGGGGAACUGGACAUGCCACAACUAGUCGUGGUUGGAAGUCAGUCUGCAGGGAAAUCCAGCGUUUUGGAAACUAUAGUUGGAAGGGACUUUCUGCCGCGCGGCCAGGGGAUUGUUACUCGGCGUCCCCUCGUUCUUCAAUUGGUCCAUGUAACACCCCUAUUAUCCACCUUAGAGCGGGAGUAUGCUCAAUUUUUGCACUUGGACAAACGGUUCACGGAUUUUGAGGAUGUGCGCAGGGAAAUAGAACAGGAAACCCUAAGAGUUGCGGGACAGAACAAAGGGAUCUCAAAGCUCCCAAUCAAUUUGCGGAUAUGCAGCCCUGACGUCCUUGACCUCACCCUUGUGGAUCUCCCUGGAUUGACGAAGGUAGGAGGGGAUCAGCCAAGCGAUAUUGAGCGACAGAUUCGAAACUUGGUCAUGGACUAUAUUGGCAAACCGAAUAGCGUCAUACUAUCAGUGUCCCCAGCCAAUGUCGAUCUCGCAAACUCUGAGGCUCUCAAACUUGCGCGCGCCGUUGACCCUCAAGGACGGAGGACAAUAGGGGUGCUGACGAAGCUAGAUCUGAUGGAUGCGGGUACGAAUGCCGUCGACAUCCUGAAUGGUCGCAUCUAUCCUCUGAGAUUGGGAUUCGUUGGGGUUGUAAACCGAAGUCAGCAAGACAUUAAUAAUCGUCGAAGCAUGAAAGAUACACGUCAAGCCGAAGCUGAUUUUUUUACGUCACAUCCCGCCUACAGGGCUAUUGCGCACCGCAAUGGGUCCAAGUUCUUAACCAAAACUCUGAAUCAGGUUUUAAUGAACCAUAUACGUGAAAAACUGCCUGACAUGAAGGCGCGAUUAAACACCCUGAUGAGCCAGACCCAACAAGAGCUCAAUGCGUUGGGAGAGACGUAUGCCAGUGACCAAGACAAGGGCAGCGGCCUGGUGUUGCAGCUUAUGACGCAGUUUGCCCAUAACUUCGUUUCCUCCAUCGAAGGCACUUCUCUUGAAAUUAGCACCAAGGAACUGCUCGGCGGGGCGCGAAUAUACUACAUAUUCAAUGAAGUCUUCGGCCAUGCACUCAAUUCGAUCGAUUCGACCAGCAAUCUUAGUUCGCGAGACAUCCGGACAGCGAUUAGGAAUUCCACAGGCCCACGGCCGAGCCUCUUCGUCCCCGAAGUAGCCUUCGAUCUUCUGGUGAAACCCCAAAUAAAAUUGUUGGAGGCCCCCAGUCUCAGAUGUGUAGAGAUGGUAUACGAGGAAUUGGUGAAAAUCUGCCACAAUUGCUCGAAUCCAGAAUUGCAACGUUUCCCUCGCCUCCAUGCACAAAUAAUUGAAGUCGUAUCAGAACUACUUCGGGAACGUCUAGGCCCGACAUCUGAAUACAUUUCCAGUCUCAUUGCCAUUCAAGCUGCGUACAUCAAUAUAAACCACCCCGCAUUUGUUAUGGAAUCCCGUGCAAGAAGCACGGCGCCUCCAAACAAACAAGUGACUGAUGUUUCUCGCAAUCCUGAGGCAAUGGAGAUGACAGUUAUAGUAGAUGAAGAAGAGCCAAGUGAUUCCGACGGAUCAUUCCCAACCGGUGGGAAACGCCAACGAUUUCCUAGAAAUGCGGGUCCCGAGGUAGAGAAGGAUCAACGUCCUUCCUCAGAGCCGUUGGAUCCUGCGAUAUCCCGCUUAACUCCCGGCUCUCGGACCCAUGAUGCUCUCAACUCGCCACGACGAGUGUCCAGUACUUCUCAUUCGCAACUGGUCCGCGAGACUUUCCUGAACUACUUCUUUGGAGGGCAGACUCAAUCCAUUUCCGAUCGAAACCCUCAGCUCGACCUCCUGACAAUCUCCCCAUCACGAAGUACCCUGGAUAAUAGCAUAACGCUGGACAUGAAGAGCCUGGGUAAACAUCUAGAGCCUGCUUCACAUGAUGCAAUAAUUCAACUGUCUGCUCGAGAAGAAAUGGAAGCAAAUCUCAUCCGCUCCUUGAUUGGUUCGUACUUUCACAUCGUGCGCCAAUCAAUACAAGACCUGGUCCCAAAGGCAAUCAUGCACUUUCUUGUCAACAACACCUCACAGCAGGUACAGAAUCGACUGGUAGCGACAUUGUACAAGCCUGAGCUCUUUUCGGAACUACUAGAUGAAGAUGAGGCAUUGGUGAAUGAGAGAUCCAGAGUGAGGGCACUGCUUGAGGCUUAUAAGGAGGCAUUCAAAACCCUCUCGGAGGUUGCACUGAAGCCAAGCAGUGGAGCCACUGUGUUGUAGACUUUUUUUACCAUCCUCUUUUGUCCCUUCAUGUCUGCAGGAAGGCUCACAUCUUGCAAGUGUGAGCUAUGGGAGCUAAUAUAGGAGUCAUAUUUGAUACUAGAAAUGGCUGCUGUGCAGCCCUGACCUUGCUUGUGAUAAGCCUUCUGCAUGUGAGGUUAACUGCCACAACCAAACAUUUUCUGCUGAAUUGUUGAUCUUUCCAUCAAACUGGUAGGGUCUUUUUUCACCAUUAUGCUGAGGUUCUUUCUACCAUUGCACAACUUUUAUUAAGCUGUCAUGGAUGUUCUUUCCCCUCUUUUUGUUUGCCAUGAGCAC